AUGGCUCUACCUAAAUUGGGCGCGGUCGAUUAUGUUCUUCUCGUUUUACUACUUCUAUCAUCUGCGGUGAUCGGUGCUGUCUUUGGAUUUGUUAAAUCGAAGAAAAGUUCAGCAAAAGAAUUUCUUCUAGCCGAUGGUGGAAUGGGGGUCAUCCCAACAGCGCUUAGUAUAAUGGUUUCAUUCUUGUCAGCUAUUACUCUAUUAGGAACGCCCAGCGAAGUAUAUCUCUUUGGCACGAUGUACUGUUAUCAAGCUAUCUCAUGGACGAUUGCGUCGACGAUAACUGCGCUCGUAUUUAUGCCAAAAUUCCGUGAAAUGAAUUGUACAAGCGCUUAUGAAUAUCUAGAAAAGCGAUUCGAUCGAAUAGUACGCACGUGUGCAUCAUUUACCUUUUCAUUUUUCAUGUUAAUCUACAUGGCGAUUGUUCUCUAUGCUCCUGCGUUAGCUCUAAGUCAAACAACUGGCUUGAAUAUUUGGCUAUCUGUUGUAUCAAUCGGAGUCAUUUGUACCUUCUAUUCAUCCGUGGGUGGUAUGAAAGCAGUUAUUUGGACGGAUGUUUUACAAGCACUUGUCAUUCUUAUCGGUCUUCUUGCCGCGAUCAUACAAGGCUUGAUUGUACUCGGAGGGUUUGGACCAACUUUUUCGAAAGCAUAUGAAGGUAAACGAAUUCAAUUCGAUAGCAUUAGCCCUGAUCCUCGAGUCCGUCAUACAGUAUGGUCAUUACUUAUCGGCGGUACGAUGAAUUCAUUAGCAACUUAUGGAUUCAAUCAAACUCAGGUCCAACGUUAUAUGUGUGUUCGUACAACACGUGGUGCUAAACAAGCCUUAUUUAUCAAUGCAGCCGGUGCUGCUCUGAUUAUUUUGUUGUGCAGCUUGAUUGGUGUUAUUCUUUACGCAUACUACGCCGAAUGUGAUCCAUACAAAGCCGGUUAUGUCUCAGAUAUCGAUCAGAUCUUUCCAUAUUUUGUCAUGGAAGUUCUUAGUGAUAAGCCAGGUUUACCCGGUGUCUUUUUAGCUUGCAUCUUUUCCGGUUCUUUGUCCACAAUAUCCUCCGGUUUGAAUAGUCUUGCCGCUGUGGUUAUCGAAGAUGUAUAUAAAGGUUUACUGAAUAGGAAAAUAAGCGAUGAACGUCAAGGCUUCGUGUCCAAAAUCUUUUCGAUUGCGUUAGGAGCUGUGGUGAUUUUACUAACCUAUGUGGUCAGUUUUCUUGGUUCAAUAUUGAAUGCCGCUUUGUCUUUGUUCGGUGUUCUAUCUGGUCCGAUCAUGGGUGUUUUUUUUCUCGGAUUCUUUUUUCCACAGGCAAAUCGUCGUGGUGGUUUGAUCGGAUUUCUUACGAGUAUCGUUUUUCAAUUUUGGAUCUUCUUGGGCGCGCAAAUAACUAAGGGUCAAAUGAAAAGCGAAGCUUUGUAUUUAAACAUAAGCGGUUGUAUUCCAGCAGUUAACGAAACAAUAGUUACAUCCACUUCUUUUAAACGAGAUCCUUUACUUGACCUGUACUCUGUGAGUUAUAUGUGGUAUACACCCAUUGCCGUACUUACUGUUAUAAUUGUCGGCGUCAUUGUCUCUUAUUUGACACAUCCACUUAAACCGAAUGAAAUCGAUCCGAAGUAUCUUAUAUCGAUAGGUGAUGUCUGUUGCUGUUGUUUCCCGGAAUCUAUUCGUCGGUUCUUACGAUUUGGUGUCGAUUUUGAGAACUACGACAAUGUUAAUGGUAAUGUUAAUAAUGACGAUAAAAACGAUAUUGAAAUGACGGUUAAAACCAGAGAGCCUAGCUUCAUCAGGUCAAACGCUGUUUCACCACUUCCAACACUUUCAAAACGUGUCGAUGAAGACGAUGAUCAAUCACCACCACAUUUUUAG